ACUUCCGGUUUUGUUCAAGCCAGUAGGCUGCCAAUGCGCAGCGCAUCUUCAUCUCUCUAAAAAGUGAUUCAGCUGCGUUUGUUUUCCCUGCCUUUUUUCAAAGAAAGAGACACUUAGAAGGCUCCAGACGCCCCAUUCAGGAACUUCAGCAGACCAUCUGUCCACUAUGAACUCCAUGUUAACAAAUAGUCAGCAGAAAACUAUCUGCUCCCAGCUGGGAAGAGUGAAACUCCAGCUGCUGUACAAGGCCAGCAUCCAUGGUUUCACCGGGGCAGCCUUUCACCAACGAUGUGACAACCGCGGCCCCACGGUGUCUGUGGGCUACAACGCCUCUGGUUAUGUGUUUGGAGGCUACACCAAACAACCUUUCAGUCAGUCUGGACAGACUGUGCAUGAUGACCAGGCCUUUCUUUUCACCUUCAGUGGAGAAAAGCUUCUCAAGUAUCCGGUCACCACUCCUGAAUAUGCAGUGAGAAUGAUAGCUAAGUCUGGUCCAUAUUUUGGAGAUACAUUAAUUCUUGCCCAUGGAGGCAGAGCAGUAGUCUACAGCAAUCCAGGGAAUAAUUACAACUUCAAUGCUGCAGAAAUGCAUGGCAAUGAUCUCAACCUGACUGAGUGUGAAGUCUAUGAAGUCGAAGAGAUGCCAGAAUUUGAGAAGCCAUGGAGGCCGAUGAUCUGGGAAAAUGAGAAGAGAACAGAGUUGAUAGACAGUAUUAAGCUCUACUGCCCCAUGACCAGCUCUGUGUCCCAGGUCCGGGUUCUGCUCAUUGGACCAGUUGGAGCUGGAAAGUCCAGCUUCUUUAAUUCUAUAAACUCUGUCUUCAGAGGCUACGUCAGCAACCAGGCCAUCGCUGGCAGCUCCACCACCAGCCUCACCACAAAGUUUCGCACCUACUCAGUGAAAGCUGGACGAGGAGGAAAACCUCUGCCAAUCAUCUUGUGUGAUACCAUGGGAUUGGAGGAAAACACGGGUUCUGGGCUUGACGUAGAUGAUAUCAUCAGCAUUCUCAAAGGACAUCUGCCAGACAGUUAUCAGUUCAACCCCUCUGCUCCUCUGCAUCCGGAGGCCAGCGGUUAUCGUAAGUCUCCAGGGCUUAAGGACAAGAUCCACUGCGUAGUCUACGUCACUGACGCCUGCAAGGUCUCCAUCAUGCCCACAAAGCUGGAGCUGAAGCUGGAAGCUAUCCGCAGAAAGGUCAACUUGAUGGGGAUUCCCCAGCUGGUCCUUCUGACUAAAGUGGAUGAAGCCUGCUCUUUCGUCUCACGGGACCUUAGGAACAUUUAUAAGAGUGGCUACAUCGAGGAGUUGAUGCAGGAGGUCAGUGCUCGGCUUGGUGUGCCAAUGUCCUGUGUCGUUCCAGUGAAGAACUACAGCAAAGAGUUGGAAUUGGACCUCAAUUGUGACAUUCUGCUACUCACCGCUGUCCUCCAGAUGCUUCGCGCCACUGAUAGUUACUUCGAUGAGCUCAGUGACAGACAAAGCAACAUUGAAACCAAACAAUAGUAGGGAUUAGCACAGGAGAUUCAGUCGGGUUGAUGUCAGGUCAAAGAUGGCUUCCCCAUUUCUAGUCUUGGUGUAGCACCAGAUUGAUUACACUGUACUUAAAUGCCAAAAUUUGCUAUUAUCAUGUUCCAUUUUCAUAACAGUCGGUCAACAAUUUAAAACAAAUACAAAAAGUGUAUAGCUCAUUUUUACCUGAAUCCAUUGUAUUGGUAAUAUUGGAAUUGAUUCAGAUGUAACUGCCAGUCAUGAGGUCUUUAACUAAUUAUCAGUUUUUGCCUUGCACAUUACUCCACGAUUAUAGAAGCAUUAUACAGUUUGUUUUGUAUGUACCGAAUCUAAUUUAACAAUGUAAAGCAUAACAAUACUUAAUAGUUAGACUACUGUUUAAAAGUUUGGAAUCUCCUGCCACAAAAGCUUCAUUGGGAUUUUAAUCACGUUAUUAUUUUCGGGCCAAAACUAUUUCAAAUGUAAAUAAUACAUGUGAUGUCUAAAUUUUGCCUUUUAUUUUAUUUUUUAAAUAUAUGGUAAAAUAGCCAUUAUUGAAGGAAAGCAUUCAGGUAGUGUAUGUGGCCCAGAUUUUGCAGUAGUUGCUUAACAUUAUGCAUCCUAGUACAACGUAGAUACUCGGAACAGUAUGUGCUCCUCGGACACCCACCAUGCAAAUAUCAAAGUUUUUGAUUUUUUUGUUUCAUCAGGCUUUGAAAUAUGUUUUUUUUCAAGUUCCUAGUUUCUCAGAGGUUUGUAUUGGCAUAUAGAAUGCGGUUUAGUGUUAAGUUGCAUGUUAGCUUGUGCUUUUAGUUGAGUCAGUGACCACAAGGACAGGAUGUUAUGUAGUACUUGGAAACUUCCUAUGUAGAUCCUUUAUCAUUCCUAAAAUGAAUAACCAGUCAGUAUUUUGUUGUUCAAUAAAAGCUCAAAGU